AUGGGGGGUCAGGUCUCGUCAGUAGAGGGCGUCCACGUCGUUAUCGUGGGCGGCGGAUUCGGAGGCAUCGCCGCGGCUCAGCAGCUGAAAUCUCACAGACUCGACUUCACUCUGAUCGACAUGAGAGACGCGUUUCAUCACAACGUGGCGGCGCUCAGAGCGUCAGUGCAGCCCGGAUUCGCUCAGAGGACCUUCAUCCCGUACGCUGAGACGUUUGGAGACAGUUUCGUUCAGGGUCGAGUGGAGCGAGUCGACACCGACAGACAGACGGUCGUCCUGGAGGGAGGGAGGGAGAUCCGGUUCUCCCACCUCAUCCUGAGCACCGGUACCGACGGGCCGUUCCCCGGGAAGUUUAACACCGUGGCGACGUAUCAGAGCGCCGUCCAGGCGUACGAGGACUUCAUUAAACAGGUCCAGGCAGCAGACUCGGUGUUGGUGGUUGGAGGAGGGUCGACGGGUGUAGAGAUGGCAGCCGAGAUCAAGACAGAGUAUCCGGACAAGAAGGUGGUUCUGAUCCACUCUAAGAUCGGGCUGGCUGACCCGGAGCUGCUGCCCAGCGUCAGGCAGCAGGCCAAAGAGGUUCUGCUGGAGAAAGGAGUGGAGCUGCUGCUGGGUCAGAAGGUGUCCCACCUGUCGGAGCUGCAGCUGAACGUGACCCAGAAGAACACGGUGGUCAACACGGAUAAAGGCCACAGUCUGACCACGGAUCUGAUCAUCUGCUGCACCGGACUCAAGGUCAACGCCGCAGCGUACGCCGCCAGCUUCUCCGGUUGCCUGGCCGAUAACGGCGCUCUGAAGGUCAACGAUCACCUGCAGGUCGAAGGUUUCUCCAACAUCUUCGCCGUGGGCGACUGCGCCAACGUCAAGGAGCCCAAGAUGGCUUACCACGCCGCACUGCACGCGGCCGUUGCCGUUAGCAACAUCGCCAAUAGUGUGAGCGGGAAGGAGCUGACCUCGUAUCACACAGGUAACGUCACCAUGUUGCUGGCGAUGGGCCGUGACGACGGCGUCGGCCAGUUCAACGGGCUGAAGUUGCCGCGUUGCCUCGUCACUCUGGGGAAGAGUCGAGAUCUGCUACUGUGGAAGAGCUGGAGGGAGAUGGAGCAGAAACAACCCUAACACACACACACACACACACACACACACACACACACACACACACACACACACACACACACACACACACACACACACACACACACCUCUUCUGAGAAUUAAUCAUUUUUUACUCGUUUUCAUAUUCAAGUUAUUUUCGUUACUCUGAGAAAACUCAACUUUAUUGUGACUUAAAGCUGCCAUAUGUUUCUAUAAUAAUCAGUGAGAGUCACAUUAUUGAUCAGUGUAUUGAUCAGUGAACGGGUUGUAGUGUAGCUUUGUCCCUCUGCUGCCUGUGUGUCUCUGUGUAAGGAUGAGGGUCAAAGGUUGUGACCUUUAUGCUCCCGAGUGCCAACAGUGGGCGACACUAGCUGUGGAACAUUGUCUGUGCUGUUAGCUGGAUAACGUUAGCUUGGUUGCUAAUGUGGCAAAAAUCAGCUGGUAGCCGUUUUAUAUUUAAAUAUUUAACUUUACAGCUGGAAACAACUUAUUGUAACAAACUUCAUUAAACAUAAGCUAACUUUAAUACACAUGGUAAACAUUACUACUAAUGUUCAUUUACCUCUAAUGGAAUAUGUUACUGUUCAGUUAUUAAUUAAAAUGAAGCACAAAUGUAUCAAACAGAUUCUUUAUUAUAACUUUUCAAACAAUUAAUAAAAAUAUUUUAAACAUGAA